GUCUAACCCCGAAAAAUCACAGGAAACAUGGACAAAGUAGUCAGAGGCUAAUUCUGCACUUGAAACACAGUUAAAUACAUUAUGUAAAUUAGCAGAAGAACACUGGGAUGAAUAUAAGAAACUAAUUAACAGCUGCGGCUCACUUAAACCUGAAAAGUGGAUGGAGCAAGCCACUCAACAAAGUCAAGAGGUCAUUGCCAAAGCUUUAUUAGGCGCCAGAGUUGCUAUGCUUGGGAUCCGGUAUCAUAUGCGUCUGAUGGGCGAGGCUGCAGGCAUUCCGUGGCUUCAUUGGAUUUCAAAUUGGAGGGAACUUUAUUUGCAGCAGUUUGCAAGAGAAACUAGUCAAAGAGUUUGCCAAGUACAAGAUAUGUCACCUCCAUCUACAAAAGGAAAGAGGCCAAAACACAUACCUACAGGAAAAUUAGUUAAACUCCUCAAUGAAAAGAGGAAGAGCUUUAGACUGAAUUUGGAAAUGGAUAAGGUUGUUGAAGAGAGAUGGAGCAAGUGCACAAAGGAUGAUGAAUUGAAGGAUGGAGCAAGUUUCACGCAUGGUUUACUUUUGUGUAUCUUGUAAUGUUUCUAUUUUUCAUUUUUGAA